AUGUCGAUCACAUCCCUGCCAGUUGAAGUUAUGUCGACGGUCUGUAGCUUUCUACAGCUCUCUGAAUGGCGAGCGCUUAGGUUGUCAUGUCGCGCACUUCACAGAAUAUCCCUCGAAGGAUUUUCCAUUCAAUAUCUCAAGAGCAUUUGCUUCAUUGCGACAAGCGAUAGCCUUGGAGAACUAGAAGCACUCGCCGAAACAGAUGGUAUUCGGGAACGAGUUCAAGAGUUGUGGAUGAUUCCAUCCGUGUUUGACGGCUCUCAUGCAGAAAGUGAAAGUUCUAUUUCCGAAUUUGCCGUGUCAUCGAGGAGUUGUCGCCCGGUAUCUAAUGACGAACUAAAGGCUCGUUUUUCAACAUAUAAAGCCUUGGUUACAGACAAUUCUAGUCUUCUAGAAUCGGAGGCCUUUAGCAUUCGGCUACGCAAAUGCUUGGAAAGGUUCGACAACCUUGACACGGUUGGACUUGCACAUUACACGACGAGCUUUUUGCUCGACCCGCGACAAGAAAAAGUCCGUUUCCUUGGCUGGCGCCGCCUCAUUAAUCAAAUCGACUUCCGAUUCGGGAGUAAGGACCUCGAGCCGCUUCGUGGUAGCGGAAGCGUAAUGGACAAGGUUAACUCUUUAGCCGCGUCAAGGCUUUUGCAGGCGCUCAGUGGAACCAAUCGGAAAAUCAGGAAGUUACAGACAUGUAAUCCUGAUUGCUGUAGUAAUAUUGCCCCCAAAAUCCUCCUCACAGAAGAGCAAUACAGCUCUGUUCAAUCCGUUCUGGGUGAUUUAGAGGACCUCCACGUUUGCAUAGCUUUCAGAACCACAAAGCCAGCUUAUGCCAUGAGUGCAACGACCUGGAUCACUCUGCUUAUCCAUGUUGCUCCCCGCCUAGAAAGACUUGCUCUCUCGCAAGACUAUUCCCUUGGAGAGCUUUCUAGCGAAAUCGAAUUCAAUCGGCUCAAAGAGCUCCAUCUCCAUAAGACUUGCAUCAACUCUAAGCAUUUGAAAUCAUUGCUCCUCAAAGCCAAGGAAACCCUCGCUAUUUUCACGAUUUUUGAGGUGAUCAUGGAGGAUACCUCACCAUCAUUGUUGCCGGAUUAUCCAUCAAUUUGGUAUUCUAUAACUCCAGCCUGGCUUCGUUCACCUCCAGUCCCUAUUUCUACAAUCACAGAUAUCUAUGAUCCAAUCUUAUCAACUCACAGUCCGACUCCAACAGCCUACACUCCAACUCCAACAGCCUACAUCCCGACCUCAGUAUACUACAAUCCAACCUCAGCAGCCUACACUCCAACCUCAACAGCCUACACUCCAACCUCAGCCUACACUCCAACCUCAACAGACUACACUCCAACCUCAACAGACUACACUCCAACCUCAAUAGACUACACUCCAACCUCAGCAGACUACACUCCAACCUCAACAGACUACACUCCAACCUCAACAGACUACACUCCAACCUCAACUCCGUAUUAUACUCAACCAGCCGGACAACUACCACCCGGACAAACUUACAUCCCUUCAACCCCCCACGUACCCUCCGGGAAUCAUGAGGAUGUUCUUUGGAAGUCGGUUUGGAAUUUCUUUGGAGAAAAUCUAUCGCUACAGAGAUUCUCCAUGGCAAAGAUCGCCGACCGCAGCCAUGAGAUCUCUAUUCAAAGCACAGAUGACUCGAUUGAACCUAGCGACAAGGCUGUUUUUGAUGCUGAAACUGCUGGAAUUUCGUUUCGUCAAUGGAUCAGCCAAUUAACCCCUAUGCAUUUACUGGAUUCACCUAGUAUUCAAAUGUGGCCGUACGACGAUCACAGAAAGUAA